GCUGGGAAGGGGAGCAGCCCCCAUCCCCACACCCCCCACUCCCACCCCAACUCCCGUCAGCCGCAGCCCGGGGGCCACGCGUCCCCGUCCCUGCGUGGGCCGAUGCGACGCCGCGUCCCCCCGUCCCGCCGGGACCUCUCCCCACCCCGCGCCCAGCCCUGGAGCCCAAAGCGACGGCGGUCGGCGAGCCCCGAUGGGGACUGGGACGCCCCGUACAAUGGCUGGCCGGCUCCCGAGCCGGGGCGCAGCGACGAGCCCCCCGACCUCCUGGGCAACCUGGAGCAGCUCUGCGACAGCAGCCCCCGGCAGCUCCUGCCUUUCCUGCGGGACCACACGCUGGAGCUGGGCCGGCUGCUGGCCCGCCGGGACCUGAGCCCGGCCCAGGUGUACACACUGCUGCGGACCCUCGGGGCCGCCCUGGAGCAGGGGGGAGCGCGGCAGCCCCCCACGCCCCUUCUGGCCCUGCUGCUGACCCGGGAUUUCAUCCUGGGGGACCUGCUGAGGUUCAUCACGGAGCUGGACACCUUCCAGUGCCGGGAGGGACGGAUCUCCCAGGAGGUGGUGGGGGACACGGUGGUCGCUCUCCACCGCCUGCUGACCGCCUGCCCCGGCCACGUGCCGACGCUGCUCUGCUACCCCGUCGACCUCCUCUUCUGCACCGUGCAGCGGCUCCAGAGCCGCGGCUUUCAAUUCUCCUGGCUCAUCCAGCAGCGCCUACACGACGCCAGGCGUCUGGUGGACAAGGCUUUCCCCCACCGCCACCGCCCCGCCGGCGCCUGGCGGGACGACUUCCGCGAGGUGCCAGUGAUCCCCGCGCCCGAGGAGCUUUUUGGGGAGGCGGAGGGCCGGCUGCGCCCCAACCUGUGCCGCGGGGCGCACGAGAGUGCCGCAGCCUACCUGGACCUGCACUUCCGACUGUUGCGGGAGGAUUUCCUCAAGCCGCUGCGGGACGGCAUCGCGGCGGCGUUCUCCCUCGGCGGCCCCGACGGCGACGGGGCGGCGCUCAGCCUCUACCGGGGGGUGCAGCUCCACGCCGUGGCCGCCACGCUGGCCGGCCCCGUCUACCUGGCCCGUUUCUUGCCCCGCACCGGCCCGGCCGCUGCCGAGUGCCUGAAGAGCGGCUCCCUCACCUGCCUCCUCUCCGAGGACUGCAGCCACGUGCUCUUCGGGGUGGUGGCCGGGGUGCCGAAGCAGAGGGCGGCCCACCGGGACCGCAUCUGGCUGCACAUCCAGACCUAUCGCCACCGGCAGCUCCUCACCCACCUGGGAAGAACCAGCUUCACCAUGGUGGAGUCCCCAGCCUUCUUCGAGGCGUACCGGCACGUCCUGGAGGGGCUGCAGGAGCUGAGCCCCACCGCCGUGCCCUUCGGCCGCUACCUGGUGCACUGCAAGCCCUCCAUCCGCCGCCCCGCGCACCUCGGCGCCGACAGGCUCUUCAGCCUCGCGCCGCUGCUGCCGGACGGCAAGGAGAAGGGAGAGAAGCCGGCGGUGGACCUCUCUGCCGUGAGCCUGGAGGACCCGGAGGUCUGGUCCCCGAAGAUUUUCCCCCACUUGGACGAGUCUCAGCUCGCAGCCAUCCGGCUGGCGCUGAGCAGGGAGUUCGUGCUUAUUCAGGGCCCCCCCGGCACAGGCAAAACCUUCAUCGGACUCAAGAUCACGGAGCUGCUGCUGCGAAACCAGGGGGGCGAACCAUGGGGGGAGCGGCCACCCCUUCUGGUGGUGUGCUACACCAACCAUGCCCUCGACCAGUUCAUGGAAGGCAUCCUCCAGUUCCAGCCCUCCAAAGUGGUGCGCAUCGGGGGAAAAUGCCGAAGCAAGAAGGUGAUGGGCUGCUCCCUGCAGCUGCUCCGGCAAAGAGCGCUCUGCGGGCCGUGGGGGGCCGGCAGCCGGCGGCAGUAUGCGCAGAUGCGGAGCGCCUUGCAGGAGCAAGAGAAGAGCAUCGCCUUCCACACAGAGGUGCGGGGGCUGCUCCACCGCGGCAUCCUCACCGCCAGCGAGCUGGAAACAGAGAUCAUGAAUGAUGACCUGCUCUUCAAGGUGGGUGUGGGCGGCCGUCGCAGCCCUGCUGGGGGGCUGGGGCUGAGAUCAACCUUCCCCGUCACCCCCCCCCCCAGGGUGCUGUGCAUCUGGACAUGCUGCAGUGGCUGCAGGUGCAGCCCACGGUGCCGCCGGAGGACGGGAGCCCGCGGCGAGGCCAGGACCACGUGGCAGGCACGGAGCAAGGGGCCGGGGGGGGGCCGAGGGGGCCCUGAGGUGGAGGAGAGCUGGGAGCCGCGCAGGGACGAGCGGUGCCUGGACGAGGAAGAGGAGUUCGACCCCGCGGAGGCCGAGAGGAGACGAGCCCGGGAGAAGUUCGCCUACAUCAUCCCCGAAGAAGAGGGCCCGCUGGACGCCCAGCUGGCCCGCCGGCUGCAGGACAGCGAUGCCAUGACCGACAGGGAGGUCGGGCACCUGAGGAGCCUCUGGCAGCUCCGGCUCGGCGACCGGUGGCGGCUCUACAGGCGGUGGCUGGGUGCCUACGGCGAGGCGUUGGAGGAGGCACUGGCGAGGCGGCUGGAGGAGUACGAGCAGAGCGCAGCCCAGUUGGCCCAGCACCAGCUCCAGGAGGACCUGCAGAUCCUCAGGCAGAGCCGCGUCAUCGGGAUGACGACCACGGGGGCUGCCAAGUACCGCAAGCUGCUGCAGAGCGUCCGGCCCCAGACGGUGAUCGUGGAAGAGGCUGCAGAGAUCCUGGAGGCGCACGUCCUGACCUGCCUCACCGCCUCCUGCAAGCACCUCAUCCUCAUCGGGGACCACCAGCAGCUGAGACCCAAACCUGCCGAUUACACCUUGGAGAAGAAAUACCGCCUCGGCAUCUCCCUCUUCGAGCGGAUGAUCAACAACGAGAUCCCCCACGUGCAGCUGCUGUGCCAGCACCGCAUGCGCCCGGAGAUCUCCCAGCUGCUCGUCCCCUUUUUCUACGAGGCGCUGAGGGACCACCCGGCCGUCGGCGGCUACGAGAAGAUCAAGGGCGUCGAGAGCAGCGUCUUCUUCAUCCAGCACGCGGGGGCCGAGGACCUCAGCGGCCACACCGGCAGCUACAGCAACCGCUCGGAGGCCGCUUUCCUGGUGCACCUCUGCAAGUACCUGCUGGAGCAGGGCUACGCCAAGGGGCAGCUCACCGUCCUGACACCCUACAGCGGCCAGGUGGCCACCAUCCGGCAGCUGCUGGCCAGGAGGGACAUGGCCAAGGUUGCCGUCUGCACCGUGGAUGACUUCCAAGGGGAGGAGAGCGACAUCGUCCUGCUCUCGCUGGUGCGGAGCAACCCGGAGGGGCGGAUCGGCUUCCUCGGGGACCGGCACCGCAUCUGCGUGGCUUUCUCCCGCGCCAGAAAGGGCUUCUACUGCAUCGGCGACCUGGAAGGCAUCGCGCGGGGCGCCGGCGGCCGGCUCUGGGCCGAGAUCCUGGCCGCCCUGAAGAGCAAGGGCCUGGUGGGCGACGGGCUGGCGCUGACCUGCCAAAACCACCCCGAGGUGACGGCGACGGUGCGGGACGCCUCCGACUUCAGGCAAAGCCCCGAGGGCGGCUGCACGCGCCGGUGCCGGAUGCCGCUGCCCUGCGGCCACCCCUGCCCGCGCCACUGCCACCCGCGCGACCGCGAGCACCGGCGGGCGCACUGCUGCCUGCCCUGCGCCCGGCCGCCCUGCGAGCGCGGCCACCCCUGCCCCAAGCUCUGCUGGGAAGAGUGCGGCCCUUGCCUCAAGAAGGUGGAGAAGGUCCUGCCCCGCUGCGGCCACCGGCAGCGCCUGCCGUGCCACGUGCCGGCCGAGCGCUGGCGCUGCCAGGAGCCCUGCCCGCGGCCACUCGCCUGCGGCCACCCCUGCCCGCGGCGCUGCGGGGACGACUGCGGCGGGGACGACUGCGGUAGGGACGACUGCCGCAGGGAGGACCGCGGUGGGGACGACCGCGGUGGGGACGACCGCAGUGGGGACAGCUGCGGUGGGGACAACCGUGGUGGGGAUGACUGCAGCGGGGACGACUGCAGCGGGGACGAAUGCAGUGGGGACGACUGCCGCAGGGAUGACUGCAGUGGGGAUGACUGCGGCGGGGAUAACCAUGGUGGGGAUGACUGCAGCGGGGACGACUGCGGUGGGCACAACUGCGGCAAGGCGGUGGAGGGGGUCCUGCCACACGACCAGCCUGCCUGCACCCAGAAAGAGCUGGCUGCUGCCUGCCAGGAGAGCAGCCGGCAGAGCCUGGAGUGAGGGCAUCCCUGCAGCUGGUCCCACUGCUGGUGCGCGGCCAGAUCCGUGCCAGCUGCUGCUCCAUGGUCCCCUGCCAGCGGCACAGCUCAGGGGCUCCCUCCGGGCAGGAGCUGGGGGCUGCGGUGCUGCUGGCACGGUGCUGCCCGCAGUCCCGCUCCCCGGCUGUGCUGGGAGCCGUGCCCUCCCCAGUGCCUCCCCGGCUCCAUCCUGGGUGGCACCUCUGCAAGUCCCAACUGAUCCCAGACUAUUGGCUAUUCCCAACUCGAUCCUGCCUGGUCCCACGGUGAUGCCAAACUCGAUGCCAGCCCACGGCAAUCUCCAACUUGAUCCCAGCUGCGCCCACGGGAAGUCCCAGCUCAAUCCUGACAGGCACCUCGGCAUUUCCCAACAUGAUCCCAGCCAGACCUGCAGCAAUUUCCAGCUCGAUCCUGGCUGGAGCCACGGUGACACCCAAAAGCCUCCUGCACCCCCCAGUGCUUUCAACAGUCACUGCCACUGGCCUUGGGCAUGGGCUCUAUUCCCUUCACUGGAGCAGAGGUGCCAUCACGGUACUGGCACGGGUGACACCAUACAAGGGACAAAACGUCCACCCCUGCCCCAGAUAGGUUCAGCCUUGCGGGGGUUCGGCUGGAUGCGGCUCUCCAGGCUGCAGCAGCAGAACCGGGGACCCCUCCGCAUCCCCCUUUAACGCCUGCGUUGCUGCGCUGCUUUGCUGAGUAACUAAAGCCUGACCAAAGCCACCCUUGUUUCUGCUGCCCGUCAAUCCUUGCAUCUCAGCAUCCGUGGUUCGCCAGGCAGCCCCGCGGUCGCCUUUGGCUGUCCCCGGUGAGCCCAUCCCCCCCGGGGAGCGGGUGGUCCCAAGGGUCCCACGCUCCCUCUGAGCGCAUCCGCAGCCCCAGGGUCCCUGUUGAUGCCGUCCCCAGGGAGGAGAAGACUUUCUCUGCAGGGAUGGGUGGCUCCCACGCUGGGAGAAAAACCCUCAUCCUCCCAGGGUGGGUGAAUAGGUUGCGGGGGUUCCUGGCACAGGCGACGCACCCGGAGGGGAUCCCGGCUGCUGGUCAGCAAUGCUUUCCUCUGGGAGCACAGAAGAAGCAGGAACAGAAGGUGCCCGGGCUUGGCCGGGGGAUUUGGAUGGAGUUUGUGCAUCCAGAUGGUCAACGCGAAUUCCAGGCACCGCAGCCAAACCCCCUUCCUGCAGCUCGCAGGGAAAAACAGCAAAAACCCCGGUUCUAAAUGCCCGACCUCCGGGGCUGGCGGUGGGUUCUUGCACAGGGAGCCAGAGGCAAAAGGGACAGUGCUCUUUGCUGGGUGACAAAGCGAGACGCAGCAAAUAAAGAGCCCAACACCAGCCCUUUCCAAAGGAAAACACUGAAGUUGAGGUCAUUUUAGUGCUCCGGUCCCAGGCGAUGCACCAGCAUCGUCCCUGCCGUGACAGCCGGCAGCUGCGUCCCACUGCUGCGGCUCCCUGCAAAGGGCUGGGCAGUCGAGUAAAUCCCAGAUAAUGACAUUGGCUGCUUGAGAACAGAUUUAUACUGCAUUAAGGCUGUGGGUAUAAGUACAAUUUUGGAAGCAUUCCCUGGGCUCACACUGGGGGCAGGAGAGGGGGUGCGUGUGCCGCUGUGCCGAGCUGCUGCAGCCCAAGGUCCCGUUCCUGGAGUUCCUGGGGGGCUCCCGUGAUUGCAGGAUCCAAGAUCCCGGGAAGCCGCACAGCUACUUCAGCAGGAAAGCAGCUGAACGCGUUCGCCAGAAUGCUUCCCGUUGGAUGAGCAGCGGUGCUCGGCUCUCCGGGUGGCACAGCAGAUGCUACGA